GCGAUACUAUCGCACCACUUCUAGUGACCAGAUUGAAUGUGUGUCGGCUGACGGAAAAACAGAAAAACCAUUAGAAUUAUGGAUGCUAACAAAGCGGCAGAAACGGCAGCCAAAGAAAAUGCCGCCGAUAAGGUAAGCGAUGUGGAAAAUGCAGCGGGCGCCGCGGGGGAGGCCAAAGCCGAAAAGGCCACCGAUGCAGUGACACCCCCUGCCGCCGCCGAUGUCGACGCCUCUGCUGCGGCCACUGAUGACGUCGCUGAUAAAAAAGCCAAAGGAGACGCAACGGCAGCUCCAGCUCCCGAAUCGGAUGCAGCAGCUGCAGACAAAAAGGAGAAAUCCCCUUCGCCGGCUGUAAAGAAAUCUAGUAACAGCAAGGAUGCUGCUAAAAAGGAGGAGGACGACGACAAGGAUGAUGAAAAUACAGAGGAUGGCGAUGAGCCGGAUGAGAAUGAGGAGGAAGAUGACAAGGCCAGCACCGCGGAUGGUGACAAGAAGCAGAAAGCCAAACCGGAAGCUGAAGACAAGAAGAAGGAUGCCACAGAUGAGGCAAAGCCAAAGGCAGGAGCAGAAAAGGCCAAGAAGACCGAGUCGACAAAAGCCAAGAACGGCAAGCUGGGCAAGGCGGAGAACGAUGACGACGAAGAGGAUGAUGAAGACGCCGAAGAUGAUGCUGAUGGUGAUGAGAACGACGGCUUGGACAAGAACAACGAGGUAGCCGAGGAUGAUGAGAAUGUCGUGGCUCUCGCCGAGAUCGAUCGCAUCAACGAGAACAUAAACAAGACUCGUGUGGAUGGGCUCCAAACGCUGCAUGCACUCUGCUUUGGAGCCCAGGGCAAGAACAACGUGGUGAAGAAAAACUUGCGCUCCUUUGCCGGCUUCGAGUUCGCCAAGGAUUCGGCAGAGUACAACAAGAAGCUGGAGUCCAUCAAAAAGGUCGACAACAAGGGUCUGCGCAGCAUCUGUGAGAUACUUGUGCUCGAUCGCAAGGGCAGCAAAAACGAGAUUGUGCUGCGGGUGCUCAAAUUCCUAAUGGAACCCGAUGAAUCGCUCUGCUUGGAGCAGGGCGAUGAAGAUGAGGAAGAUGCCGAGGAAGAGGAUCUGGACGAGGAUGAGGAUGAGGAAGAUCCGCCCAGUGAGGAAGACAAGAAGCGGAAGAGCACCAAGUCCAGUGGACCAGCUGGCAGAGGUUCUGCGCGCAAUUCCGCUGGACGUCCCAGGCGAUCCACCGCAGGAAAAAAAAUGUCCGCAUAUGUUGAUUUCUCCAGCUCUGAGGAGAGCGAACACAAAGUGGCAGUGGCCAAGAGGAGACGUAAUGAUGACUCCGAAUCUGGCUCAGAUUACAAUCCUUCGGGAAAUUCGGAUUCCGAUGCCGGUCGUGGUGGUGGUGGCGGAGGUGCAGCUGCUCGAAAAGCUCCCAGCCGUGGCAGUCGCGGUCGUCCGGCGCGUAAGAGUCGCCGAAGAAACUCUGAUUCAGAGGAGGAAGAGGAAUCCGAACUGUCCGAGGCCGAUAGUGAUGUCCCGAAACGGAAGCGGGGCGCAGUGGGCAAACGUGGACGACCAGCAGCACCUGCGCCAGCUGGACGAAGAGGUAGAGGGCGCGGAGCAGCGGCGCGAAGGCGUAAGGAUUCCGAUAGCGAAGAAGAAGAUAUAUCCGAAGAUGAAGAGGAGGAGGAGCUGUCCGAGUUUGGCAGUGAUCAAAGCGAGGAGGAACGUCCCAAAAAGAGUAAGAAACCCACAACGCCUGCGAAAAAUAGCAAAGCUAAUAACAAGUCAAAACCAGCUGGAAAGGCCGAUGGUCGAUCGAAGAAAUCAAAGAAGGAGUCGUCCGAGGAAGAGGACGAUGAUGUCGAUGACAAGGACGAAUCCGACGAGGACGAGCCACUAACCAAAAAGGGCAAACAGGCAUUCCCAACGGAUGAACAAAUUCGCGGCUAUGUCAAAGAGAUCUUGGAUAAAGCCAAUCUCGAGGAGAUUACAAUGAAAACAGUGUGCAAGCAAGUGUAUGCGAAAUAUCCAGACUUUGAUCUAACAGAAAAGAAAGACUUCAUCAAGGCAACAGUCAAAGCGUUAAUUGCGACAUAGACUACGUAGAGACGAAAGCCGGGGGAGGGUCCAGGUCCUUAAGACAAACAAAACAAAUGGCGACAUCAAAGUCAGCACAUUGUUUGCACAGCACUUUUCAAAAACUGCCGAGACAGAACAUCGCCCGGCGUAGUUCGCGAAAAGAGUUACUCUUAGUAGUUGUCCUAUAAGUAUAUAAUUUGUGCUCCUAUCCUAAAAGCUAUCUGCAGUUAACCUUAAACCUAGCGUCAGCGGCAGUAGACUAUCCACUCUUAUAUAUAUUCAAUUGUAUAUAUACAAUUUUUAUUUUGUCCAAUUCUAGCAUCCAUACACACGUUUUUUUCUGAUUUGGACAGCUUUGCACAAAAAAGUGUGUACAUUAAGAAAGAUUAUAUUGUAAAAAUCCGAUAAAAGCAAAUCUAAAAUAGUGCAUUUUGAUUUGACGUUCAAUGAUGUAUUUAAAAUUAAGGCACGAGAAAUAAUAAACUAAAAGCAAAUUACAAAUUGAUAAAACUGGCAGCAGUACAAAAACGAAAAUGGAUGAAAAAAAGAAAAAACACUUGCAAAACGUUUUUGGCUAUGUAAAAAAUUGAGCUUUUUGGGCAGCACAGAAAAAUACACACUAAAGCGGAGCGAGUGAUUCCCCCCAGCAGAUGUUGUUCCAGAUUUUAAUUUCUACCCCAUUAUUUCAAUAUUCCCCGCCCCAAAAAAGAGCUCUGGCCUUAGUGAUCGACGACGAUAGGAGGAAGGUUUCUCGGCAACAAGCUCACACGACCCAGUGUGAGUAAAAUAAACAAACAAAAGAUUGAUAAAAAUGGAAAGAGAAAAAAUAAUGAAUGAAUAAAGUUAAAUAUUAUAAAUAUUAGGAUAUAAACGAAGUAAAAAUAGAUGUAUGUUAAUUUUAAAACGAGAAAUAAAGAAAAGGGAGUACAAGAAUUGAAAAA